ACCAGGUUACCAAGCUUGCUGUGGUUGCUCCUCAAUUGGCAUCUUCCCACACUGCUGCCACUCAACAUCAGCUGGAAACUUCAAGCAUCUCGUCUAUUUGUAGACCUUGAGUGUAUUCAAUCACUAUCGGGAUUUUUUGCUUGCUUCUCCUUCUAGUCGCAUCUUCACGUCGGCUCUCGUAUCGCGCUGCCAAACGUAAACAUGGACUCCGAUCAGAGAUCCGAAAGAAUGCGCAUCCUGGACACGAGGUACCAGAAUAUCACUCAUCAGCACAGUAUCGUUGUCAAAGACGAAGAAGCUCGAAGGUUGAAGCUUCGAAGCGUCUUGCUCCAAAACGAGAAUGGCACCCUGAAGGAUCAGCUGGCCCAGAAAGACGAUCAAGUGACACAACUGAUCACGAAGUGCGAUGCCUUCCACGGUCAGCUCGAGGCCGCAGCACAGAAGUGCCGUCAGCAUGAGACGCAGAUGCGGAUACAGGCAAGGGAACUAUCCAAUUUGAAGGAAGAGAUGAGUUCCCUAGACAGCGUCACAAAAGAUUCGGCGAAGACCUUGACAGAGAAGCUUGCCCUCUCAAGGGAGGUUGCACUCUUGAAGCCCGAGAUCGAGCACCUACGGUCGCAGCUGAGCCAUCAGAAGGAUGUCCUAGCUGAGAAAUUGGCCCUCGAGCGCCAAAUCAAUGCGUUGGAGGUCGAGCUUGCCAACGAGAAGCGCGCUGUCCAGAAGGCCGCAAGCAAACAAAGCCGUGAGGAUGAUGGCGGCGAAGAGCUCCGGAAACACGUUCGCGACCUGGAGAAGCAACUUGCAAAGGAAAAGCGGACAGCGCAGAAAGCCCUACAGAACCAAGGUAGCAAGGACACGGCGGCCGAGGAGGAGAUACAGGAACUCCGAGAGAAACUCGCUGAGGCCGAGCGAAUGCUUGCCACGGAGAAACAGGCAGCCUCUAAAGCCACGAAGACCAAGAACGCAACUACCACUGAUUCGACCGAGGAGCUCGACCAGCUUCGCGAGAAGAUAGCUGAGACCAAGGCGGCCCUGGCACGGGAGAAGAAGGAAAAGGAUCAGAUCCGAAAGGAAUACGAGAGUGCCCUUGCCGAGGCUGAAGGUCGUCGUUUGCCACUCGAGGAGAGGCUGGACAACGUGAAGGCGAAGUUGCGAGAGACACGCGAGGAGCUGAAACAAUGUCGCGCAGAUCUCCAGCGAGCGCAAGAACAGGCAGCGAAGAAGCCCGCCGGCAAGGCCCCGGCCGGGAAGAAGAGGCGCGCCAACGACAUCACUGCCGAGGAAACACUACUACUUCACACGCCUAACAAGGGCGAAGACCGGCCGAAGCGGACAGCUAAGAGAGGGUUCGGCCCGGCAGCAGUAGGGGAGAAGUCGACAUUCUCGAUCACACCUUUUCUCAACAAGACCAUCAAUCUGAGCGACAUUUCUCCUAAGCCACAGGGAGAGAAUAGCACGGAUGCAACGACAACUGUGUCCAUGUCAGCUAAUGGCGAGCCCACAGCCACCGAGCCAUCCGAAGAACCAGCCGUCAAGGCAGCCGCCAAGACCACAGCUUCGGGGGGGAAGCCCCGCGGCCGGCCCACGACAAAGGCCCUGGCGGAAUCUUCUCCUUCGAGGAAGAACAUGCCAGCGCCAAAGAGGCGGAAAGCACCCGUUGCCGAGUCUACGUUGGAGAAGGUCACGGAGGAGGCGGAAGAAGACGGCCAGGGUCAGGAGAACCGACCAGCCGAAGAGGCCGCUGACGGCAAAAAGGCCGUCUCGGCCUUGAAGAGGCAGCCCCAACUCGUCCCCCCAAACACGACUGACCCUACGGGAGCACCAACGGCCGCCGCCGCCGCCGUCGCCUCUGUGACAGAACAGUCGGAGCCCAAGAAGAAGAAGCGCAAGCUGCUCGGGGCGUCAUCCAAGGCGACGCUCUUUGGCGGGGAGGCGGACGCCGAGGACGCCGAGCACCCUGUCGUCGCAACGGCCGCAACGGCAACGGCAACGGCAACGACCGCGGCCACCAAGCGCGCCCCCGCGGCGCGGGUGGCGCUGGGCGCCGGAGGGGUGGCCAAGAGGGCGGUGGUGGGUCUCGGGGCGGCCAAGAAUGCGUUCGCGGGGGCGGCGUUCUCGCCGCUCAAGAGGGACCGGAGGGGUGUUAAUGCUAGCUUCCUGGCUUGAGCGUUGGGGCACAUCCCCGCCCCUUAACCCCAGCAACGUCGUGUUUUUGGGACUCGAGGUCCAUUUAAGUUGUGUAGGAUAUGAUAUGAGC